ACAAUUGAUUCUUUACAAAAUGAUAAUGAAGUUUAUAUUUGUUAUUUUAAUCAAAAUAAUCAUGAAUCCGAUGAAGAAAAUGAUCAAUUAGAUCCUGAUUUAAAAGAAAAAGUUAAGGGAAAA